AUGCUCGGCUCGCCUUCCUUUCUGGGCCGGACUUUGCGGAGCCGCAAUCCCGCGCCGAAAAUCUUUCUGAAGUUGCAGAGAAAGAAAUAUCCGGCGACAUACAAGGACAACAUCAAUAUCCCGAUGCGAGGAUGCCUGCAGUCAGUCAAAUGGCUGACCUCAGCAUUGCGGCCGUCUCAAUCACUGGCUUCGUCCACCAGGUACCCCCGUCGACUUCUUAGUACCUCUGCCCCACGAAAUGCGCAAGUGAGGAAGCCAGCCUCAGAGGUAGAGCAGCGCAUUGCAGCAAUCCCAAUUGAACGAUUCCGGAAUUUCUGCAUCGUUGCGCACGUCGACCAUGGCAAAAGCACGCUCUCUGACCGUCUCCUCGAACUCACCGGCACUAUCGAAGCGGGUGCGAACAAGCAGGUUCUGGACAAAUUGGAUGUUGAACGAGAGCGCGGUAUCACCGUAAAAGCACAGACAUGUAGCAUGCUCUACAAUCAUCAGGGCGAAGACUACCUGCUGCAUCUCGUCGAUACUCCUGGUCAUGUCGAUUUCCGUGCUGAAGUGUCGCGGAGUUACGCAAGUUGCGGGGGGGCUUUACUUCUCGUUGACGCCAGCCAGGGAAUCCAAGCACAGACCGUAGCAAAUUUUUACCUCGCCUUUGCUGAGGGUCUCAAGUUGGUGCCGGUCAUAAAUAAAGUGGACUUACCGUCGGCAGACCCGCAGCGCGCUUUGGACCAAAUGAAGAACACGUUCGAGUUGGACCCCGAAUCUGCUGUGCUGGUAUCAGCAAAAACUGGUCUAAAUGUGUCACAACUUUUACCAACUGUUAUCGAGCAGAUUCCUGCGCCUGUUGGAGAUCGUACCAAGCCUCUCCGAAUGCUUCUUGUUGACUCAUGGUACUCGACCUACAAGGGUGUGAUUCUCCUCGUUCGACUAUUCGACGGCGAGAUUAGAGUAGGCGAUCAGGUUGUAUCCUUUGCAACUGGUCUGAAAUACACUGUUGGCGAAGUUGGAAUUAUGUAUCCGUGGCAAACGGCCCAAUCCGUCCUCCGGGCGGGGCAAGUCGGUUAUAUUUACUUCAAUCCGGCCAUGAAGCGCAGUCAGGAAGCCAAAGUGGGUGACACGUAUACAAAGGUUGGCUCAGAGAAAUUGGUUCAGCCGCUCCCUGGAUUCGAAGAGCCUAAGGCCAUGGUGUUUGUUGCAGCAUACCCCGUGGAUGCCAGCGACUUCCCUCACCUUGAGGACAGCAUCAAUCAACUCAUCUUAAAUGACCGCAGCGUGACGUUGCAGAAGGAGUCAUCCGAGGCAUUAGGGGCUGGUUUUCGACUGGGGUUUCUUGGGACCCUCCACUGCUCCGUUUUCGAAGAUCGCCUACGACAAGAACAUGGCGCGAGCAUUAUUAUCACACCACCAACGGUGCCGUUCAAAGUUAUCUGGAAAGAUGGAAAGGAGGAAAUCAUCACGAACCCAGCCCUCUUCCCCGAAGAAGACACACUGCGUGCCAAAGUAACCGAAUUGCAAGAGCCAUUCGUCCUCGCUACUCUCACGUUCCCCGAAGAGUACCUAGGAAGAGUUAUAGAACUCUGCGAAUCCAACAGAGGCGAGCAAAAGAGCCUUGAAUUCUUCACGUCAACCCAGGUCAUUCUCAAAUACGAAUUACCCCUUGCCCAAUUGGUCGAUGACUUCUUUGGCAAGCUCAAAGGAUCCACAAAGGGCUACGCCAGCUUGGAUUACGAGGAAUCUGGUUGGCGACGCAGCAAUAUCUCCAAACUUCAACUCCUCGUAAAUAAAGUCCCCGUCGAUGCGGUAUCUCGCGUCGUUCAUUCUAGUCAGGUGCAGCGGCUGGGGCGUUUAUGGGUGAGCAAGUUCAAGGAACAUGUUGACCGUCAAAUGUUCGAAGUUGUGAUACAAGCUGCUGCGGGACGGAAUGUCGUGGCAAGAGAAUCGAUCAAGCCGUUCAGAAAGGACGUGUUGCAGAAGCUGCAUGCCGCCGACGUUACGCGACGGAAGAAGUUGUUAGAGAAACAGAAAGAGGGGCGGAAGAAACUGAAGGCUGUUGGAAAUGUGGUAAUAGAGCAUAAGGCUUUCCAGGCCUUUUUGGCCAAAUAA